AUGCAGCUAGCUGACUUUGGCCUUGCCAAAUGGAGGAACGGUGACGGUACUAUGCACACCAGGAUAAUGGGCACAAUAGGAUACCUAUCUCCAGAGUAUGCUGAAACCGGUGUAGUUUCUGAGCGAACAGAUGUGUAUGCAUUUGGCAUCGUUUUGUUACAACUGAUUUCAGGACACAAGGUCUCCAAUUUCCGCAAUCCAGAACAACAAUCUCUCAGACAAUGGGCUAUGCCAAUCAUUGAGUCGUUGGCUUUACACGAACUGAUUGACACUCGUCUUGGGAAUUCAUAUGACACGUAUCAACUAUACCUCAUGGCCAAAACCGCAUUCUUCUGCGUCCAAAUAGAGCCUGAUGAGCGUCCUUCAAUGGGAGAGGUUGUGCGACUUCUUGAGGGAGAAAGUAAAAACUUCCACACAAUAGGAGAGGAAUUGUUGCCAAAAUAUAACAGCUAAGGAAAACGGGAGAAAGAUCUUGACAAGUUAUGCAUAGAGUAGCCACAAUUGAUAAUGGAGAUUCAAGUGUAAAAUUUUGGAAACUGUGGUUAUUGGUGUGUGAACAAUAGUAUGAUGGUUACUUAUUAGAAGAAAAAGAAGACUUUAAAAUUAAGUUUUAUAUAGGGUCAUACUCGUCCGAGUCCGAG